GUCACGUGAUCGGUUAUGUGCUGCCAUCGGUAGAGAAUGCGGACGGCUCGCGCACUCGCGAUGUAUUACCUACGAUAAAUUACCUAGGGUAUUUUACUUACCCAACUGUACCCAACCCUGCUCCCAACUCAUCUCUGGCACGAAUUUGACAGAUCUAAGAACUGUUUCGGAAAGACUUUUGUGUACAUUAUACAUAGGAAAGAUGGCAAGGUACUUCCGUGAAGAGGACAUCGAUGAGUUCAGAGAAUGUUUCUACCUCUUCGCUCGCAGUGGUCGGAUCAGGACUUUGGACGAAUUGACGAUAGUCAUGCGAUCUCUGGGUCUCAGUCCAACAGUGGCAGAACUUGACAAGUACCUCAAGAAUAAAGGUGGAAAGAUGUCCUUUGCCGAUUUUCUGGAGGCAAUGCAUCUUCAGACCAGAGCAGAGAACCUUCCCAAGGAAGUUAUAGAUGCCUUUAGAGCUGCCGAUACUUCGAGAAGUGGAACGAUUCCUGCACGACAACUAGCGCACAUGCUACUCGACUGGGGAGAAAGACUGAGUACUAAAGAAGUUGAGCAGAUCUUCCGAGAAGCCAACGUUUCGCCAAACGGCUUCGUUAAAUAUGAGGACUUCGUCAAGAUCGCAUGUGCCCCAGUGCCCGAUUACUACUAACAUGCCUCGAUCCUUAUCGAUCCUUUGCACUCCGUCCUGUCCAAAUUUGCCAUGAGCCUUGGGGAAGUGGUAUUACUUGUUACACUAUUUUUAUACACUUAUACCCUAUUGCAUAUCAAUAUAAAUAAAAUAUUUAAAUAAAAGGACGAUUCAACGGAGAAGUGCGUUUGCGAGUACGUCUCUUUCUACAUCGCGGUAGGUGGAGAACCGCACAGGAUGACGGUGGUGCUGACAACGGUUGUCAGAAAGAAGACGCAGA